AUGUCUUUCAAAAUUGGAUUACUGCUGGUGACGGUGCUGGCGGGGAGCUUUGCAAUCCCGAACAGCAGGGAUGACCUGUUCUUCCACGCUGACCGCAGUGCACGCAUCGUGGGCGGGACACCGGCCGCCGAGGGCAGUGUACCCUACAUGGUCGCCAUGUCUAGCGGUCUGCUGGUCAGGAGUUUCACCUGCGGCGGCUCCCUGAUCAGCAGCAGUCAUGUGCUGACGGCUGCUCAUUGCAUCGCUGCGGUGUUCUCCCUCGGCUCCCUCAGCAGUACCCUGCGAGUGACUGUUGGCACAAAUCGCUGGAACGUCGGUGGGCAGUCCUACGCGAUAUCCCGCAACAUCACCCACCAGCACUACGUGUCGUCCACCAUCAAGAACGACAUCGGUGUAUUGGUAGUGGCGACGGAGGUGGCGCUCUCCACCACCGUUCAGUUGGUGCCACUGAGUUUCGACAACAUCGGCGCGGGCGUGCUCUCUAGGGCGGCUGGUUGGGGAAGGAUUCGGCAAGGUGGCCCACUCUCCGCUGUGCUCCUGGAGCUGUUCGUCCGCACCAUCAGCGGGCAGCAGUGCCAAGAGGAGAUUGCGAGCUACGCGGAGGAGUUCAACGUGAGCGUCCCACCAGUGGAUCCGGAGCUGGAGCUGUGCGUGUUCCAUUCGCCAGGACAUGGCAUGUGCAAUGGUGACAGUGGCAGCGCUUUGGUGAACGUGGCGAACGGACGGCAGAUUGGCAUCGUGUCCUGGGGAAUGCCCUGCGCCAGGGGAGCCCCCGACAUGUUCGUACGCGUCAGCGCCUACGAGAAUUGGCUGCAGCAAUCAAUGGCG